GUCGGUCCAACUCAAUGGCGACUUUUGUAUCUUGCUUACAGAGUGUACUAUCGCAAAAUCCUACAAGAGGGAGGAAUUCCAAGAAGCCGCAAAUCAUUUAUGAAACAUAUUUAUUUUAGAUUGUGUGAAUGUUCGUGCAGUUUUAGUGUUAAUUUUUCAAUGCAAAAACAAGGGGUUAAGUUGAGUAAACAGCGGUUUGUUAAUACUGUUAGUAAAUUGAGUGAAAUCAGUAUAAGUUCUAGUGUGAACACAUGUCCAAAUUCUCAAGCUAGGCAGCGUUUGGAAUUUAAUGACAAAGCUGAGUCCCAACUGAAUGUCUCGGAUAGUGUGAGUACUCGAACAGCUGUUCUCAUCAUUACUGCUAUUUUCCUCAGUUCCAUUCUCACACUCACCUACAUCUACUUCAGCUUCCCGGAGCUUGAGCCAGAGGAACGCAAGUACAUCAAGUUACCGUGGGACGUGGAGGAAGCCAAACAGCUGGGACGAGUGUUGGAGAAACACAAGGACCGUAACUACUACGAGGUCCUUGCUGCCGUCGUCGUCACCUACAUAUUCCUACAGACGUUUGCAAUCCCAGGAUCGAUAUCACUGUCUAUCUUGUCAGGAUUUCUGUUCCCGUUCCCCUUGGCGUUGACGCUGGUUUGCUUCUGUUCCGCAACAGGCGCUAGCUUCUGUUAUCUCCUCUCACACUUGGCCGGCCGACGUCUAGUCUACAAGUACUUUCCCGACCGGGCCGUCCAAUACUCACAAACUGUUCAAAAGCACCGACGGAACAUCUUCAACUAUAUUUUGUUCCUAAGGAUCACUCCGUUCUUGCCAAACUGGUUCAUCAACAUCGCCGCACCCAUUGUCAAUGUGCCAAUCUUACCUUUCUGGUUUGGCACAUUCUUGGGUGUGGCGCCUCCGUCGUUUGUUGCUAUCCAGGCAGGUCAGACCCUGCAGCAGCUGACGUCUAUGUCUGGUACUUGGUCCUGGACAUCUGUCACAUGGCUGGCUGUCUUCUCUCUGCUCUCUCUACUGCCCGUUCUACUGCGCGACCGUCUACGAACCAAGUUUGACUAGGAAGAGUGCCCCUUAGACGACUGGCAGCAGUCUGCUCGUGGUAGUCAUGUGAUCGAUGAACUAGUCUUUGUCCGUCUUCACUCUACCCAAGAAACUCUUCUGCUCAAGAUCAGAAGACACACUCUUCUCAUCCAACAAGAAGGCACGGUCCAGGAAAUCCUCUCUUAACAGAAUACUUCUCCAUUACAAACUGUGAUAUUCAUUUUUAAUUGUUUUAAACUUAUUCCUUGCAAUAUAGUGGGUUAGGGUCAACGCAGGGAAAAGUCUAAUUCGUAGAAAAUAUUUUUAUAAACUCUUUUUGGAGUUUCUUGUUGAGUUUGAGAAUUUAUUUUUGUUAUGUUUGUUUGUUCUUCCUUCUCGUUUGCUAUCUAGGCUAACAAAUUAACAUGUAACUUGUGUGGUAAUUGAAUUUUACUAAUCGUAAUGAAAACAUUGCAUUUCUUAAAUCAUUCCAAAAAUAGUAUAGUUUGAGAAUUUAACCAGUGUGCAUUUAAUCUGUAGGAAUUCAUUUGCAUGUUUUUUAACUUCAAUUUCUCAAUUUCCACAGUGUUACAUGUGCCAAUAAAACCUUUUCGUCAUGCUAAUAGUUGUGAUAGAGUGCCUGAUCUAGGUAUACUUUAAGCACAGAGACGAUGUUGUGUGGGCCUAGUUUCAAACAUUCUUACAAUGCUUUUCUCACACUUGUAGUUAGUUCUAGAUUUUUAAAAUCUACUGUAACAAACUUUUGAGCAGAUUGUUGCUAGGAACAAAUUUUAGUUUUUUCAAUUGUAGUUUAAGGUAUUUGUGUGCAUAUUUCAUUGAAAAAAAAGAUUGAUGCUCUUUAAAAAGCAUGCUUUUUACUUUAGUGUUUAAGAUUACAUUUUAUUGGGUAGUGAUACUUCCCAUACAUAAAAUAUUUCUAUAAAAGCGAUUGGCUUGCAUUUUGCUUUGUAAAGAUAUCUAUAUAUUUAAAUCCGUAAGCGAAUCGGUCCCCCCGAAAUAUCUCGAGCUAGGAUAAAGUUAGCAUAACUGUCAAGGAUUUAUUUUAAAGUUUAAGGUCCAAGGACGGUGGGAAAAACAUCAGAAGUGUCCAAAAUUGCCCCUGCUCUGCCCCACAGGCCGUCAGAUCCAGUAAUUGUCUAAUGGAAGUACUGCUACAGUGUUUCAAGCUGUUUUAAAUAUACCAGCUGAUGUAAACAUUGCAUAUUUUUUUUUUCAUUGAUUUUUAUUUGUGUUCUGUUUGUAGGUUAGAAUGGUAAUGCAGUGUUGAAAUGUAUCAUGUUAGGGGAAGACCACGACUACGAAGGAGGGUAUUUAGGAAUGGUGCACAGCAUAGGGAAUGGUUAAGGACAAAUUACAACGAAUGUGAUGGGCAGCAAUUGCUGCUAUGAGCCUCUAGUUUUUUAUAGUAUAUUUCAAACUAGCUGGCCCGACAGACGUCGUCCUGUCCUAAUGUGGUUUUAUGUUAAAUGCUCGUUCAUUUUCAAGAUGAGCUCGUUCGCAUGGCUCAAUCACGUCCUGGUUGAAGUUUGUUCGCUACGCUCACUCACCUUUAGCUUGGAGCUCGUUCGCUGCGCUCACUUGCCUUCAGGUUAGCUCGUUCACUACGCUAACUCGCAUCCAAGUUGAAAUUCGUUCGCUACGCUCACUCACCUUUUGGUUGCAAAUUAGCUGUUGUCAUGAAUUUAAAAAGAAUAAUAGUGCUGCACCCUGUUGGGAAACAUAUAAACUUUUUAAUACUAUUGAGGAUCAACUACCAAUCAUAUUGAGGAUCAACUACCAAUCAUAUUGAGAAUCAAACUACUAUCACAGAAUCAAAUUGUUUAGUUGAACCAGCUGUUAAGAUUCUUUAAUUCCAUUUAAAUAUGAGUACUCAUAAGGUUAACAUGGGAAACUCCAGAGCCACUGGUGCGGAGCCCUUUUGACGGAUCUGCACCAAACUUCACACAAACCAUCCUUGAAUAAUGCUUAAUAAUGCCUGAAAGUUUCAUUACAAUCUGUCGAGAGGUUUCGGAGUCCAUAAAGGACAAACAAACAAACAAACAUACAUACAUUGGAUUUUAUAUAUAUAGAUCAAAUCCUAUGUUGAUCAAAUCAAACAGUCUUUUGUUAGCUUGUUGUUGAAUUAAUUUUGUUGUCCAAUUUAAAAAUUAUAUUUUUGUCAUUGCAUUGAAUAGAGUUUAUUGAUAGCUAUUUUAAAAUUUGUUUUGACUAAAAAGAGCCGAAUAUUUUUUACCAAAGACACUUUUACUUCUUACCAUAUUUAUUUAAGAUGCAUAAUUGUGUUAGUUUAUAAAAUUAAAUUGCAAUCACAAAAAUAUGUUUUAAAAGCCAAACUUGUUAUAGUUUCUGUUUGACUCUUUGCUGUGAUUGGUGGGUAAUAAUUGCAAAAACUAAAAACAUGGGAGCUUUGUUUUUUUAUUGAAACCCCAUAUGUUAUUAAAAAAUAAAUUCAUAAAUGUGUACAGAUUAUAAUAGUAUAUAGGGCCUAAAGUGACUCUUUUUGACCUGAGGUCAAGUUUUACGAUCGAGGCCCAGCCGAGGUCGGAAAAUGAGUAAGGGUUAAAAAGUCACUUUUUAAUUGUGUGGUGAACUAUAUUUUCAUCAUAUUGCAUCAUUAAUUAACAAAACAAAGCUAGAAAACAAAAUCAUUUUUAUGUAAAGAUAACCUCUCGUGACAAUCUUUAAACUCAGUUGAAUAUGCACACAAUUAGUAUUUAAUAGCAAUAAUUUGAUGUGUAUUUGUGCUUUUAUCGGAAAUGAAACUAUGUUAUCUGGUGCUGUUUUAGUGUUUAAAUAAGUUAAGUAAUACAGGUUUUUUGUAAAUGCUUGGUUUGCACAUGAACACACACAAACUAUCUUCCUCUUGAAAUUCUCUGUAGGAAAUCUUAUGUUUCUAAGCUGUAUCAAUUAUCAAUUCGAGAAGGUGCGUUUUUAACCCAAAUAUGAGUGAAAACUGAGUGUAGAAUGGUGUGAGAUGAUCUGUGUAGCUUUGUUACUGACUAAUAUCAGCUGUUUCAUUAGCCAGGAUCAUUUAUGUAAAUCCCAUUUAUCAGGAACAGCUGGGUCCAGUUUCGGACCAUAAAAAAGCUACUGGCUUUUCUCGGGAUCGAACUGGCGACAUUUACCCAAAAGUCAGGCAAACACUUAAACCAUUCAGCUUAGCCAUAUACUUAGUCUUUCAGGACAAAUUGUCUUAUGUAAAAUCUAUUGGACAGAUGUAAAAAUCGGUAGAUAGGUCUAUAUGAAUGACUAGUUGCUUUAUAAUUGCAUAUCUAUCAUUGGUUUAAAGUUUAUUUUAUCAUUAAGUUUUUUGUUAUUUUUGAUAGUCGAAAUAAGUACUAUCUCAAUAUCAGUCUGUCUGUGUGUCAGGGACUCCAAGGUGGCAAAUAUGCUGCCUUCUACAGGUCACUAGAGCACCGAUCAAGAUUAAACUAUUUUACUAUAUUCACUAAACUGUUGAGAAUAUCUUUGGUUAUUAGACCUGUAACUUAUUUCUAAAAAGAAAUUAGUCCCUUUACAGAAAAGACAGAAAAAUACUACUAGCUGUGUGCUAAAAUCAAUCAUAAUAUUGCUUUAUUGUACCCUUUGUCUUUAUUUUAUACAAAUUUUAAACUCCAUUUACGUGCCCCCACCGACUUGACAACCGAUUUUAAUGCAAUCGUUUAAGGGUCAGAAGAAUUACAUGUGCAAAUCAAGUAUCACAUUUGUAGCAUUAUGUCAUAAUUUUAUGUUUAAAUGCUUCGUAUUUAUUUAGUUUCAUUUGUGUAAAUGGAUGGUGUGCAUGAAGCAUGGAUAUUCUAGGUAUUAUAGGUACAGGGUAAGAGGAAAGGGCGGUUGUGGAGGUAUUAUUAGUAAUAGGCCUACUUUAUAGAUAUAAGAUAUAUUCGUCAUCAGUUGAUUCUAAUACACCAAUACAGAAGUAAUUUCACAUAGAUUGAAUUAAACUUUCAGAUCAUAAGGUACAGUAAUCUUAUUUUUAUAUUUUAUUCAUCAAUUUCAAGGAGUUUUCUCUUUACAAAAAAUCAAUUGGGUACAUAGUUACCUUGAAAUGUGUUCAGAUUGUUAACACAAUGUUUCCUAACUAUAGUAGAGUAGUUAUUAAGUUUAAAAGAUUCUUAUCUAAUAUUUGUUCUAGUUAUUUCAGUAUUCAAUAAGUUUUUAGAAUGUAAAAUAGCAUUUCAAGUUAUAAAUUACUGUAUUGUAAAAGUAGUUCUUGAUACUUUUUCUCAGUAAUUCAUGGUAAAUCUUUUAUAAUCGUACCUCUUACAUGAAUGUUGUUAACUCUUUGUAUAUAGAUAUAUGUAGUAGGUAGUCUCUUUAUUUUUUAAUAUGCCAGGCCUAUUGGUGCCUUUAUGUGCCAAACACUAUUUUCCUCUCAUAUAAUUCUUCCGACACUUUAGUAGAGUACAAAAAGUAACUACAGUUGUUCAACCAGUCAUGAAAUCUUUUAUUUGUCAGAACUAUAGACAGAAUGUUUGAUUACGAGUCCACUGUACCCUUUAUUCAAUUUAAUAAACUAAAAUAUGACUUGUAUUGUUUUUCUGUGUGUAUUUAUCAUAUAUUUUUUAGAAGUUUUUCUGACGUAUUGAUUACUAACCUUCCUAAAAUAGUAAAAUGUGCAUUUAGGGAUAAUAAUAAUGUUUAAAGCUAAAUUUUAUUUCUUUUAGUCAUAGAAAUGAGGCCUACAUCUUAAAUCAUUGGCUAGUCCCAAUAUACACAGGGGGUACAGUUGUUGUACUGUUGUAUUUGUUACUUCACAUUAAAUGUCAUAUUAAAAGCUCA